AUGCCGUAUCGACAACAGCAAUCUCAGUAUGAUGAUGAGUAUCAGCAGCAACGGGAUCAAUAUGACUACAGCUACAAUAAAAAGCAUGGAAAUGCACCAAACUAUUCAUCGGGACAGCAGCCCAUGAACUCGCAGUAUAACCAACCCUAUGCCGGAGCACAGAAUGAGCCUUCUCAGUAUGCACGGCAAGCGGAUUCAUUGUAUGGCGACCCGUUUGCCAGCCCUGCCAUGUAUUCUAAUAAUGGCGGUGGGUACACCAAUCAAUCGGCUCCCUAUCCUUCAUAUCCAGAAGUAGACGAUUCUCCAGCAGCAUAUAAUGCACCACCCCAACAGUCGUUUGUUGCACCAGCCAUGAUGGCUCAGGCAGUAACCAUGCAACGAGGCCAAUAUAAUUCUGAGCAGCAACCAUAUCAAUACAUGAAUGGAGGAGCUUCCAAGAAUGACUAUGGUUACAACAAUCAAAUGUACGACCCCUCGCAACUCUCACACCGCAACGGAAACAGUCCGUCCAAAUCUUUUGGAAAUCAAUACAAUGCAAAAGGAUCGCCUGGCAACUCUCAAACCACUUUGCUUGCUGACAGCAAUGAAUACUAUGACAAUCCAAAAUACGACAAUGCAAAAUACGACGAUGCGUACAAGGAGUAUCCACCUCAAGGCAGAGACGAGCCUGAACCAGAAUUCAGCAACUCGUUUGAUUUGUCUGAAAAAAAGAAGCGACAUAUGUUUUGUUUUCGUAGCAAGAAGUCUAUGCAAAUAUGCUUGGCAGUCACUGCAGCUGUGUUGCUGCUUGUGGGAGUUUUGGGCUUUUUCUUUUUUCCCAGAUUUCCUGCUCUUAAAGUAUUAGACAUGCAAGUGAUACCCGAAUCGAGCCACAUUGGUCCGAGUGAAGAUGGUCCUGGUGUUUCUGUCAAUCUACAAAUGCACAUGAACGUGUCUGUUGUCAAUCCCAAUCGAUAUCAUCUCAAAGUUGAAAGUGUCGAUUUGACUGCUCUCUUGCAACCCAAUAUCACUCAACUCACUGGCGUUUCGCUUGGUUCUGGUGCACCUGCACUUGCUCCUAAAUCUGGUCAAACGAUCAAGAUUGGCACUGGAUCUCGCGCCACUCCAUUGAUUUUCCCUCCUAACCAAAACACUACGUUUUUGCUCAACUUUACUCUGUCUUAUGCCACUGCUGCGUCUCUUGAGACAGAUAUUGGUCUUGGUGAAAUUCUACAAGGAUGUGGAUUUUUACGAGCUAGACAACGACCCAUUACGAUCAAUUAUCAGGCAACCGCACACAUUGCAUUCCUCAAAGCUUUUGGCAUCAAGCCAGUAUUUUCCGACGACAUUCGCAUUAAUUGUCCAUCAACUAUAGGACGAGCCUUGGCUAAUUUCAAUCUUACUACGUUUGGUUUAGACGUUGUUGUUCCACCACAAUUUAUGAACAAUACUGCAGGAACUCCAAAUCCUGCUGGUGUUGGACAACCCAGGCCUGCUACAGCUUCAGCUCCAGCAACUUCGGCAGCCCGAGUGAAUACUGGUAAUACAGCUCAAGGUGGUUCUAGAUCAUCUAGUAUUAGACGUGUAUAG